AUGCCAGAGCAAAUAAAUCCAAAACCGAUAAAAGUAAUCGAAGAAACACCACAAGAACUAUCCGAUGAAGAUAAACAAUUAAAAGAAUUAUUAGAUUUAUGUGUACAACGUUUACAGGAUCCAGAUGAAUCCUUAUACCAUCAAUCCUUAGAAAUAUUACGCACACAAAUACGUGCUUCAACAACGUCGAUGACCUCCGUACCAAAACCAUUAAAAUUUAUGCGUAUCCAUUAUGAAACAUUACAGCGUGUAUUUGAUAAAAUCACUGAUAAGAAUACAAAACGUUUAUGUGCCGAUAUAUUAUCAGUGUUAUCAAUGACAAUGGGUGAGAAUCGUGAAUGUUUGAAGUAUAAUUUAUUGGCUGCACCCGUGGAUAUUGCACAAUGGGGACAUGAGUAUGUACGUCAUUUAGCUGGAGAAAUUGCUGGCGAAUGGAAUGAAUUACCUGAUUAUAGUCCAGAAAGUGAAUACAUACGCCAUAGAUUAGUAGCAUUAGCCGAACAAAUUAUUCCAUACAACAUGGCACAUAAUGUCGAAUUCGAAGCAUGUGACUUACUCAUGGAAAUUGAACAUUUGGAACUACUAUUUAAAUAUGUGGACGAAAAUGUUUACGAACGAGUUUGCUUAUAUUUACAUUCUUGUGUUCCAUAUACAAUCUCAGACGAUACAGAUUCGAAUUCUACAUCAUUAAUGAAAACAAUUCUGCAAUUAUUUCUAAAAUUUAAACAAUAUCCACAAGCUUUACGUGUGGCAAUCCAAUACAAUGAUCGCAAAUUAAUUGAACAAAUAUUUAAUGAAUGUUCAGAUCAAUUAAUUAAAAAACAACUAGCUUUUAUUUUGGCACGGAAUCAUAUUUUUAUUGAGUUGCCGGAAUCAACGGAGAAUUAUGAUGAUUUAAUGGAUAUUAUGUCCAAUGCACAUUUGAAUCAUCAUUUCAUCAAUUUAGGACGAGAAUUGGAUAUUAUGGAACCAAAAACUCCAGAAGAUGUUUAUAAAUCACAUUUAGAUUCAUUUACGUCCAAUUAUACAUCAGCACGAAGUUCGCCGUUUGGAGGUGUAAGUGGCCAUAUUGAUUCUGCACGACAAAAUUUAGCGGCAAGUUUUGUUAAUGGGUUUGUAAAUGCUGGUUUUGGUCAAGAUAAAUUAUUAAUGACUGACGGAAACAAAUGGUUAUUUAAAAACAAAGAGCAUGGCAUGAUGAGUGCCACGGCUUCCCUAGGUUUAAUUUUGCUCUGGAAUGUAGACGGUGGUUUAACCCCAAUUGAUAAAUAUUUAUACUCUUCCGAGGAUUACAUUAAAUCUGGAGCAUUAUUAGCUUGUGGGAUUGUUAAUUGUGGUGUCCGAAACGAAUGCGAUCCUGCUUUGGCUUUACUCUCCGAUUACGUGCUAAACGAAGUUCCUGGCGUGAUGCGUUUAGGUGCAAUUUUGGGCUUAGGUUUAGCAUAUGCAGGUUCUAAUCGCCAAGAUGUACUCACAAUUAUACAACAAGUUUUCAGUGAUUCGAAAUCAACAAUGGAAAUUAUUGGAGUUGCAAGUAUUGCUUGUGGAAUGAUUGCGGUUGGAUCAUGCAAUAGUGACGUUACUGCAACGAUCACUCAAACAUUAAUGGAAAAAUCUGAAAUGGAUUUAAAAAAUACGUAUGCAAGAUUUUUACCAUUAGGUUUAGGUUUAAUCCAUUUAGGUCGACAAGAUAAAGCAGUUGAAGCAUUAAUGGCCGCGUUAGAAGUGAUUCAUGAACCAUUUAAAUCAAUGGCUACUACUCUGGUUGAAGUAUGUGCAUUUGCUGGAACUGGAAAUGUUUUAAAAGUUCAAAAAUUGUUACAUAUUUGUUCGGAGCAUUAUGAGAGUACCUCUGAAGAAAAUGGAAGUGGUGCCGCGAGUACUGCUUAUGAAAAAGAGAAGCCAUCAAAAGAAAAAAUGGAAAAACAACAGCAAGAAAAAGAGGAAAAAGAACAUAAAGAUUUGAGUAGCAAACAAGCUAUAGCAGUUUUAGGUAUUGCAUUAAUAAGUAUGGGCGAAGAUAUAGGCAGCGAAAUGGCGUUUCGUACAUUCGGUCAUUUACUUCGUUAUUGUGAACCUGUUAUACGUCGUUCAGUUCCACUUGCGCUUGGUUUAAUAUCAAUUUCAAAUCCAAAAUUACCAAUUUUAGAUACACUUAGUAAAUUUUCACAUGAUAGCGAUCCCGAAGUAGCACAUAAUGCAAUUUUUGCAAUGGGUUUAAUUGGUGCCGGUACAAACAACGCAUGCUUAGCUGCUAUGUUACGUCAGCUAGCUCAGUAUCAUGCAAAAGAUCCAAAUAAUUUGUUUAUGGUACGUUUAGCACAAGGUUUGGCUCAUCUAGGUAAAGGAACGCUUACGCUAAGUCCAUAUCAUAGUGAUCGUCAAUUAUUAAAUCCCGUGGCUGUAGCAGGGAUUUUAUCGACUUUAAUAGCAUUUUUGGAUGUGAAAAAUAUAAUUUUGGGUAAAUCACAUUAUUUACUGUAUUCAUUGGUCGCUGCAAUGCAACCACGUAUGUUGGUGACGUUCGAUGAAGAUUUAAAUCCAUUGCCAGUACCCGUACGAGUAGGUAUGGCUGUGGAUAUUGUUGGACAAGCUGGGCGUCCAAAAACUAUAACUGGAUUUCAAACUCAUACAACACCUGUGCUGUUAGGUUACGGAGAACGUGCUGAGCUUGCUACUGAAGAAUAUGCUCCAUUGACACCAAUUUUAGAGGGGUUUGUUAUUUUGAAAAAAAUUAAUCCUGAAAUUAUUGUAUCUUAA